UGGUUAAAGAGAAAUGAAAGUGAAAGUAAGGGGAAAGUCAGGCGGGCGGGCGAGCUUGUGGUUGAUUCCCUUCUAGCUUCCAGAGAGCUUCUACGCGGCCAUGACCCAAGCAAGGCAAGCGAUCCGCGACGCAUCAAAUCAUAAAUAUUAUGGAACUAUUGAUCAGAUGAUGCCUGCUCCAGGGACUUCUGGGAUCACCCCUCCUGUUAUGACAGCUGAAGUAGCUUCUGCUCCUCUUGCCCUUGAUGUAAACAAUGUGUCUGGCUAUGAAGGCACUACAAUUGGAGAUGCAGGGAAGUAUUUCCCUCCUCCAUCCGAUUCGCUUCCUUAUCGGGAAAGAGAGCCAAUGCCAGCUCAGACAAACUGGAACAUUCCUGCUAUUUCAGAAGAUGAAGCCAAAGAAGCUUUUAUCCAGUAUGCUGCAAGCAAGUGCUGCUACAGUAAAGCUCCAGCGAGAGACUUGGUGUUUCAGGAUCUCCUAGCACUGAACACUUACAGAUAUUACUUGGAGACUUUCACUGAAUCAAGGUCUUCAUUAUGGAAAACCCAACCAUAUAGAGGAGAACCUGUCGAUUCUGCUAUGUAUGGUGGAGCUCCUUCUCCCUGGGACAUGAGAGUAGAAGUUCCUGAGAUAUUCAAAGACAACAUCGUAAGAGUUAAAGUGCCUCACACAUCAUCCGUAAAGGGAUGUCCGAUAUGUGGCUGUUCUGGCAGACGACCCUGCACCCAGUGCCAUUGCCUCACGAGGAAACAAUGUUGGGUGUGUAAUGGAACAGGAUCCCAGUUCACUAACCAGAGGUGUUCUACUUGUUCUGGAACGGGAACAACCAUGUGCAAUGCCUGUUCUGGCUUGGGGACAACUGCUUGUUUAGACUGUGGAGGAACGGGACAGUUGCUGACAUACAUUGAGCUGCAAGUCGAAUGGAAAAAUAAUGUAUUUGAAUAUGUGGUGGAUGAAAGAACUGGGUUUCCUACUGAACUCUUCAAAGCAGUUAAAGGGAAGAAGCUGUUUGUGGAUGAGCAAUACAUGGUUUAUCCAGUGAUAAGCUUCCCUAAUAAUGCCAUUAACCAAGCUUCCCGAAAUGCUAUUGAACAACAUCAAGCUCAAUUUGGAUCCACGGCACGGAUACUGAGACAG